AUGACUACUCCUCGUCAAGAGACCCUCAACGACAAUGACUCUGAUGCGCUGAUUAUCGGCCACGACGACAUUAGCAAUUACAAUCCGGAACAAAUCCUCCCAGAAUCCCCCGAGACCCUCCAAAAGAUCCGCGGCUGGCUCAAGCCCACCGCUUACAAUGCUCCUGGUGGGGAGUAUGAGAAGCACCUGAAAUCCCAUGUCCAAGGCACGGGAACCUGGCUCACUUCAAAUGAAACUUAUGCAAAAUGGCUCAGAGGCUCAGAGGAGGGCUUGCUUUGGAUUCAAGGCAUUCCUGGAUCCGGUAAAUCAGUGAUCGCAGCUAAUUUGAUCCACACCCUAUCAACCUCGAAUCCCGGAGCCCCUGUGCUAUUCUUCUUCUUCCGACAAAUCAUCAAUGCCAAUCACAAGCCUCAAGCUCUGUUGCGAGACUGGCUAGACCAGCUCUUGAGCUAUAGUCCUCCUUUGCAGAAGGAGUUAAAAGGCUACAUGGAUGCAGGGAGAUCAAUUGAAAGUCUAUCAACGGAGAGCCUGUGGAAAGACUUGCAGAUGGCAUUCAGUUAUCUUCCUGGCAAGGCCUUCUGCGUUACAGAUGCUCUUGACGAGAUGGACGGUGGAAACGAGUCUUUUCUACAAGAACUCGCGUCACUGGGAUCAUUCCGACCAGAAAAGGUCAAAGUCCUCGUUACUAGCCGGCCUGUCCCCAAUGUUGGGAUACCACUCCGAAAAAGCACUUCGUUACAAGUUCGACUAGAGGAAAAACUGGUCGACGUCGAUAUUUCAACCUUCGUCCAAUCGGUACUUUCUAGCUCGCAUAUACCACCGAGCGAUCAGGAGUUAAUAAGGAAUGCACUUCCAGGGCGGGCCAAUGGCCUGUUUCUCUAUGCCAAGCUGGCAAUGGACGCCUUCCUUGAACCUAACGCCAAGAUUCAAGAGGUGAUUCAGAAACUCCCAACUGACUUGAAUGUCUUGUACACCGACCUUUUAUCGCAGCAUGCACAGCGAUCAGGGGUGCCGCCCAGCGUUCAGCAUCUUAUCCUUCAAGCGGUUACCCAUGCCACUCGACCCCUUCGCCUGCUUGAACUUGCCGAAAUGAUUCGAUCUGGGAAUCCUGACCACUCUUCCAGGGAUCUGAAGGCAACAAAGGAGUUGAUAAGGACUGCUUGUGGCCCCCUUUUAGAGAUCCUCGCGGACGAGACCAUAUCAGUCAUCCACCACUCAUUCACUGAGUACCUGGGAGGGACAACAAGAUCUAGCAACGAGCCUGGAUAUCCCGUUCUGCACCCCGCCCCCACGCAUGCGAAUCUUGCUCUUGAAUGUCUUCGCUACCUCCAAUCCGAGGAUUGGGGUAACUAUUCAGUUAUAUGUGUCGGUGGCAUUCCUCCACCCGAGACUUCAUUGUUUGGGCUUCGUCGCGUGGUUGAUGUGCCGGAGAAGGAAGCCCAGCUGAGACUUCAGCACCCAUUUUUCGACUACGCUGCGAGAAACUGGCAUCGACAUGUUCGCAAGUCGGAGAAUGCAGGGUUUGAUCAAUAUGAAAUCAACACCGAAAUUCAAAGAUUCCUUGGGCAGGAAAUGUUCAAGGAUUCACAGAUUCAUAUCGCGGCAAAGUUAGGAAUGGCAUCUUAUGCCCGAGACGUCUUAUUAGGAGAUGUUGACCCUAAUAUUCCUGACCAAGAUGGACUCACUCCAAUGUGGCUAGCAGCUAGUAAAGGACACGCAGAGAUGAUCCGCGUGCUGGUUGCCGCUGGUGCGAAUCCGGACCAGGAGAAUGCUUCCUCCGGACUGAAGCCUUUGCACGAGGCGGCAGCUCACAACCAUUAUUUGGUUGUGCAAGCUCUACUGGAAGCUGGAGUCGACCCCUUGACCCCAAAAACCAAAGAUUCCGCGUUCUCUUGUGGAAGCAGAAGAAGCACAAUAGGCCAUACGCCGCUAAUGUACGCAUGCCAUAACGGCCACGUGCAAAGUGUAGAGGUAUUCUUAUCUUUCUUGAAAGACAUAAAUACGAUUCAUCAGGCGUUGAUGUGGGCUUCCGAGAUGGGCAAGUCAGAGGUUGUCGCGAGGAUUCUACAGCAUCCUGGUGUCGAUCCAAAUACUAGAAUCCUGGGCGAUACGCCGCUGUUCCGAGCUUGUGCCUACCCGGACCUUAGAACAGUUCAAGUGUUACUAGAUGCUGGUGCAAAUCCAACACUCGGCAGUGAAUGCCACCGGGAUGGAUUCGGUUGGUUUGAUUCCAAUGAUUCCCAGAACGAACCCCAGACCUACAACUGCCUGCAUCGACUGUGCGGCCUGGGGGUGCGUGUUCCGUCCAAUCCUAGAAAAGCGCUCGAAAGCGAUCUCUGUGAGAUCUUGCGAUUGCUUGUUGAAGCUGGAGUUGAUGUGCACGAACGCACCCCACGAGGGCAAACCGCAUUACAUGGCGCGGUACGCUCAGUCGGCAUGACCCGUGCUCUCAUAGAAGCUGGAGUAGAUGCCAACGCGGUUGAUUCAUUGGGGAACAGUCCCCUUUACAACGUAAAAUCAUCCGAGGUCUUACAGAUCCUGGUCGAGCAUGGCCAUGCCAACAUCGAGACUAUCAAUGCUAAAGGACAAGCUCCCCUUCAUUUCAUGCUAUCUUACUUUGGACAUGAGCCAUCCGGUAUAGAUUCCAUCAUCAAGUUCAUCACAUACGGCCCCAAUUGCAACAUCCCCGAUGGUGACGGGAAUAGGCCACUUCACAUUGCGCUACAGCCCACCUAUCCCAAGGCACCACUCAUCCAGGUCUUACUUCAUGGAGGGGCUGAUCCAAAUCUUAAGAAUGCUCGCGGAGCUUCCCCGUUGCUCUCAACACGUCUGUCUCCGGAAUCAUUGCCAGUCAUCAACAUGCUUCUAGAUGCGGGCGCUGACAUUAACGCGGCCGACAGCAAUAGUGACACUUUGCUCUUCGGGGGUCUUACGAAUUUCUCCUUCGAGAAAGACGAGGAUCGUUGUAUCAAAGCUUUGAUAGAGAGGGGUGCCGACAUUGCAGUUCGUGACCUCGCAGGUCGCACCAUUCUGCAUGCAACUGCUAGAACCCACGCCUUCUCGGAGGACGAUGCAAAAUCUACUCAUGGCUGCAAGAAGUUGGACUUCUUGGUGAGCCUUGGCCUCGAUCUCCAGGCUGUCGACUCUGUGGGGAACACCCUCCUUCAUGAGCUGGCGGAACGCGCGCGAGCCACAUCAAGUCUAGACCAUGGCCACUCGAUGGUGGACUGCUGGAGCAAGCUGGUGGCGAAUGGCUUGGAUGUAGACCAGAAGAAUCAUGCUGGCCGUACUGCAUUGCACAUGCUAUCUGCCACAGACGCCAACUGGCUAACCACCGAACUUGGGCGUCCAGCACCAAUCGACUUUGUGAUUUCCAAAACCCAAGAGAUUGACUGUACCGAUGAGGAUGGAAUCGCCCCGCUUCAUCUGGCUGCAGCUGGUAGUGUUUCAAAUACAGCAAAGCUGCUUGAUGCCGGGGCAGAUCCCACGCUGGCCACGCACGAAGGCUUGACGGCACUUCACUUGGCAUGCCGUGCCAGCCAAAGCAACACAGUAGGGCUUCUCCUCCGUUCUCUUCAGUCAAAACUGGGACAGAGUGACCUGGACCCUUCAUGCUCGUCUACUGUUGGUGUGAAUGCUAAAGCUAAGGAGUUUGAUUAUAUAACUCCUCUUUUUUACGCCUACCGGUCAGGGCAGCCUGAAACUGUAGCCCUCCUCGUUGAAGCUGGGGCUGAUAUUAACGAGCAUGCAUUGAAAGGGUGUGCUGGUUUCGAAGAUGAGAAUGCGCUUUGGAUAAGACACGAUGGGCCAUUGAAAGGUCCUUCUUUGUUUGGGGCAUCAGCAUUUACAUUAAAAGAAACUCCAAUGCCGACGAAUAUUUCCAGCAAGGCGUCCAGAGCCGUCACAAGUCCCACUACGGCACCAUACAUCAACCCGGUCAAGUUGGAAGAUACCGCGCGCCCGGCGGACGAAGCAUCCAGCUUGACUUCAGAUAUGGGGACAGGAGUGACGGCCAGACUCGAGGAGAUCUUAGAUAUGCUUCUCAGCAGACAAUCUGUGACCUUACUGCCGUUCCUCCAAGGCUUCAUAGAUGAGGCCGUGAGAGAUCAAAAAGCCUAUACCGUCAGAUGCUUUUCAGACGCCCUGAAGAAAUAUAGGGACAGAUCAGAGUCAGAAGGCAUCGUAGCGACCGCCAACGCUGACGAUAAUGCUAUCCUUAAAGCAGAGACAAGAUUGUUAGAGAGCACGAAAUCUGGGGAAAGCAACCAGGAGCUCUUCAAAAAGUUGAUAAAUCAGAGACAAUACCAGGCAGUGAAUGAAUUGGCUAGGAGAAAGGCUGAUUUUCUUACCAACCCUGAAGGGACUGCUGACUGCAAUUUUUCUGUUCUAGUUCAGAAUGGAUUUUCUUCUCUCGUCAAAACAGUUGGUGAUAUUGAAACGGAAUCAAGACUGGCUGGCGGCAAGUGGCAUGCCUUCGGAGACAAGACACAUCCCGGUCUUUGGUCUGAGGGAAACACUCCCCAUGAUCCCAAUGAGAUCAAAAGAGAAGGGGCAGCAUUUUUAGUUCAGGCAGUGUCACGGCAACGACCAAAUAUGGCCGUUGUUCAACUCUUAGUUGAGCAUUUCCAAGUCGACAUCAAUGAACUUGAAUAUCAACGCCAGCGAGUCGACAACGAGUCCAUCGUGGUUCCAGCGAAUUCAGCACUCCAUCAGGUCGCGCAUGGCCACACCUGGUGGCAUACUUUUCAAGCGCUUCCCUACCUGCUCAAGGCUGGUGCGAAUAUAGAAAUCCGAAAUUUCAAAGGCCAGACCCCGCUACUUUUGGCCCUCGAAGAGAUAUCUACUCGCCCUGGCCUGUUUCAAAAACAUGUCAUCAAAAGCUUGCUCGAAUGGGGUGCGGAUGUCAAUGCAAUUGACAAUGUAGGCAACAGCUGCCUCUCUUACGCAAAUAAGGACAUCAACCUUCUAAAGCUCCUCAUGAAGCGAGGGGCAACAGCCUCUACUCGGGCGGUUUUCGCGGCAAUAGAACAGCUCAAGGUUGAUGCUCUCGAGGCGUUUCUGGAGGCAGGUUUUGAUCCCAACACGAAACGAACAGACCAGCCCCCGCAGGGCUUAGGAUCAAGUUUAUUCGGGAAAAAGACCGAGCCACGGGGAUCAAGUGAGGAUCUACCAUUAUACUAUGCUUGUCUGAAGCUGCAGGGCUUUUCGGGGCCAUCGAAUUCCCAGGAUUAUAAGAAAGUGACGGAGGUUGUGCAGAUGCUACUGAAGUAUGGAGCUGAUCCAUUUGCAAAAUUCUUCGUCAAAACGGCGACCCCGUAUUCUAACCCUGGUGUUGAGAACAAAACGGCUCCCUCCCAUGGGGAUACAGCCUCACCGGUUGUCCCUGAAGGAUAUGAAGAGCGCACGGUAUUGCACGAGCUGAUGCGACGCGGCGAACCACCGAACAUCCUGCUCGGCAUCGAAGCACUGGACAUCAACUGCCAAGAUUCCCAAGGCCUGACUCUUCUCCAUUUGGCCUGCCAAAACAACCCAGACCAAAUCACCACCGCUGAUGAGGAAGGUGCCGAUGAUCAGACUCGAUUUCAGAAACUUGUCUCUCUCGGAGCUUCGCUUGAGGCUCGGGACAACUUUAGCCGGAACAUCUUGCAUUAUCUGGUCGAUCGCGAUGUCUACUUAGAAACACCCAAGCUUACACUCGGCCAUAUCCUAGACCAAGCUCCGCAUCUCGUCUUGCAAUCGGACAACGCAGGGAAUACGCCUCUUCAUAAAGCAGUCCGCCUUGCCGCUUUCAGACGGCACACUGAUACAGCAGAGACGCUUCUCUCAACCGAAGCCGAUGCACUCGCCGUCACAAAGAACGGAGACAAUAUGCUGCAUCUCCUCGCGACAAAACUCGACACGCCCGAAUUACGAACUCUCUUUCAUGAUCUGGCGAAGCGCGGUGUGGAUAUCAAUGCACGCAACUCGGAUGGACAGACCCCAUUGUUCGCCUUCAGCAAGCGCUUGAGGAAAAGGUCAGGCGGCUUGUUCGGUGGUGGCUCUGGCGCACUGUUCGGCAAGCCACAGCGUGAGUAUUCAGAGGAUGGUGCUCUACAAUUAUUUGAGAGCCUGGGCGCGGACUUUUCUGUAAGGAACGACAAAGGCCAGGGCCUGUUGCAUAUUGCGGCUCCUGGGGACGUUGGGCGGUUCAAAGGGUUGCUGAGCAUGGGGCUGGAUCCGAUGCUUGAGGAUGAUGCCCAUCAGACGCCCAUUGACGUCGCGGCAGCUUGUGGGAACCAGGAUGUUUUGGCUUUGUUUGAGAAGAAUAACUAA